GGCGGGGGGCUGACCGUGCCCCCUCCCCUCUCCCGGGCAGGCACUCUGCUCUCGGUUAUUACAUCGUAGCGCUGGCUGCACGCUCGGAUCCGCUGCUGUACAGGGGGGACCCGGGAGCACUACAAGUCCAAGCAUCGCUCAGCAGUGACAGCCGCCAGGGAUGGAUCAGUAUGACUCUCAGAACCAUGACUAUAUGCAGCCGGAGGACGACUGGGACCGGGACCUCCUGUUAGAUCCAGCCUGGGAGAAGCAGCAGAGGAAGACCUUCACAGCUUGGUGUAAUUCACAUCUCCGGAAGGCUGGGACGCAGAUUGAGAAUAUAGACGAGGACUUUCGAGAUGGCCUUAAACUCAUGUUAUUACUUGAAGUCAUUUCAGGGGAACGUUUACCCAAACCUGAAAGAGGCAAAAUGCGAGUACAUAAGAUCUCCAAUGUCAACAAAGCUCUGGACUUUAUUGCCAGCAAAGGGGUAAAACUGGUGUCCAUAGGUGCUGAAGAAAUUGUCGAUGGCAACGCUAAAAUGACCCUCGGAAUGAUUUGGACAAUUAUCCUCCGUUUUGCUAUUCAAGACAUUUCUGUUGAAGAAACAUCUGCCAAAGAAGGGCUUCUACUAUGGUGUCAGAGGAAGACUGCACCCUAUAAGAAUGUGAACAUACAAAACUUCCACAUCAGCUGGAAAGAUGGUCUUGGCUUCUGCGCUCUCAUCCAUAGGCAUCGUCCAGAGCUUAUCGAUUACGGCAAGUUACGGAAGGAUGAUCCCUACACAAACCUGAACACUGCAUUUGAUGUUGCCGAGCGGUUCCUGGACAUUCCUAAGAUGUUGGAUGCUGAAGACAUUGUUGGGACAGCUCGCCCUGAUGAGAAGGCCAUCAUGACCUACGUUUCUAGCUUCUAUCACGCCUUUUCAGGAGCCCAGAAGGCGGAGACGGCAGCCAAUCGUAUCUGUAAAGUGCUAGCUGUCAAUCAGGAGAAUGAGCAGCUUAUGGAAGACUAUGAAAAGCUAGCAAGCGAUCUUUUAGAAUGGAUCCGACGGACCGUUCCUUGGCUGGAGAACCGUGCGCCUGAAAACACUAUGCAGGCCAUGCAACAGAAGCUUGAGGACUUCAGAGACUAUAGACGUCUUCACAAGCCCCCUAAGGUCCAAGAGAAGUGCCAGUUAGAGAUCAACUUUAACACUCUUCAGACUAAACUGAGGCUUAGCAACCGGCCAGCCUUCAUGCCGUCCGAGGGGAAGAUGGUCUCGGAUAUCAACAAUGCAUGGGGUGGUUUGGAGCAUGCAGAGAAGGGCUACGAGGAGUGGCUGCUGAAUGAGAUCCGGAGGUUGGAAAGACUAGACCACUUGGCUGAAAAGUUUCGUCAAAAGGCUUCCAUUCAUGAGGCUUGGACUGAUGGAAAGGAAAAUAUGCUGCAGAAAAAAGACUAUGAAACGGCAAGUCUGUCCGACAUCAAGGCUUUGCUGAAGAAACAUGAGGCCUUUGAAAGCGAUUUGGCAGCUCAUCAAGACCGAGUAGAGCAGAUAGCAGCCAUUGCCCAGGAACUCAACGAGCUGGAUUACUACGACUCUCCAAGUGUGAAUGCUAGGUGCCAAAAAAUCUGUGACCAGUGGGAUAACCUUGGUGUACUCACCCAGAAACGUAGAGAGGCUUUGGAGAGAACGGAGAAGCUGUUGGAAACCAUUGAUCAGCUUUACCUGGAGUAUGCCAAAAGAGCUGCGCCAUUUAACAACUGGAUGGAAGGAGCCAUGGAAGACCUGCAGGACACCUUUAUUGUUCAUACCAUUGAGGAGAUCCAGGGAUUGAGCACCGCACAUGAACAGUUCAAGGCGACACUUCCAGAAGCUGAUAAGGAACGGCAAGCAAUCCUUGGAAUACAUAAUGAGAUUUCGAAGAUGGCUCAGACAUACCAUGUCAACAUGGCUGGAACCAACCCCUACUCCACUAUCUCACCGCAAGAAAUUAACAACAAGUGGGACCAUGUAAGACAACUGGUUCCCCGAAGAGAUCAAGCCUUAAUGGAGGAACAUGCGCGGCAGCAGCAGAACGAGCGGCUGCGGAAGCAGUUUGCAGCACAGGCCAAUGUCAUCGGUCCAUGGAUACAGACAAAAAUGCAGGAGAUUGGGCGCAUUUCUAUAGAAAUGCAUGGCACUCUGGAAGAUCAGAUCAAUCAUUUGCGACAGUAUGAGAAGAGUAUUGUCAACUACAAACCAAAGAUAGACCAGUUAGAAGGUGACCACCAGCAGAUACAGGAGGCACUUAUAUUUGAUAACAAGCACACCAAUUACACCAUGGAGCACAUCCGCGUGGGAUGGGAGCAGCUCCUCACCACCAUUGCCAGAACCAUCAAUGAGGUAGAAAACCAGAUUCUCACACGAGACGCCAAAGGCAUCAGCCAGGAGCAGAUGAAUGAAUUCCGGAACUCUUUCAACCACUUUGACCGGGACCACACCGGCACACUUGGCCCAGAGGAAUUUAAGGCCUGCCUCAUCAGCUUGGGUUACGAUAUUGGAAACGAUCCUCAGAAGAAGACUGGUAUGCUGGAUAGUGAUGAUUUCCGAGCCUGUCUUAUCUCCAUGGGUUACAACAUGGGUGAAGCAGAAUUUGCCCGCAUUAUGGCAAUUGUAGAUCCCAACAGGCUAGGAGUAGUAACGUUUCAAGCCUUCAUUGACUUCAUGUCUCGUGAAACCGCAGACACAGAUACCGCUGACCAAGUUAUGGCUUCUUUCAAAGUCCUUGCUGGCGAUAAGAACUACAUUACUGCUGACGAGCUGCGCCGGGAACUUCCUCCAGACCAAGCCGAGUAUUGCAUCGCCAGGAUGGCACCUUACAUGGGGCACGAUGCCGUCCCAGGAGCUCUGGACUAUAUGUCAUUCUCUACAGCGCUGUACGGUGAAAGUGACCUCUAACUCUUUCUUACUCACCUCCAUGUCACUGCAGCGCUGACUGUCCACCACUCCUGUAAGCAAUGUGGUUUCAGCUUUCACGCCUUUUCUGUGUCUCCAUAGCUCACAAGAUGAAGUCACUCUUUAAACCCCUCUAGAGUUCAGAGCCCCCGUCGCUCUGCUGCUGCAGGAAGGGCAACCAUCUUUGACCUUAAAGCAAUGGUUUACAAAUAAAGUUUUUACUAAAGACCUUUAAAUGCAUAUUUUAUUAUGAGAGUUAAAAAAAAAAAUAUUGAAGUUGUAUUUUUCUGCCAACUCAAAAGAGCAAUUACCCUUUCUUUGUAGUUUGUCUGACAAGAAUAGUUGAAGGUUCCAGCUCCUUCACCCGUCUUCUUUUUGCUACCACAUAUGGGAAGCAAUGACUGUUUAGUAGCCGUGGUUUAGCCUGCAUUUUUUUUUUCCAUCCACCAAAUGCAAUUUUUGACAAAAAGAGUUAAAGUGAACUUUGUCAAGGUGGAAAUACAACCUCAUGGAAAGCGACCAUAUUUUUC